UUGGAUCAGCUUGUCGUAACUAACCAAAUGGAAGAUGAAUUUCAUCCGUUUGUGGAGGCGCUACUGCCGUAUGUGAAGGAUUUCAGCUACGAUGAAUUUCAUCCGUUUGUGGAAGCGCUACUGCCGUAUGUGAAGGAUUUCAGCUACGUCUGGUUCAAUUUGCAGGCCGCAAAACGACGUUAUGUAAAAAAGAACGAAAAGCGUAUGACGGUGGAGGAGGAAAAAAGCUGCAAAGAAGCACUUAUGAAUGAACGGGUCGAAACAAAACAAAAAUGGGCAGCUCGUUUGCUUGGUAAACUGCGCAAAGAUAUUCAGCCCCAUUGUCGGGAAGAUUUUGUACUCUGUGUAACUGGGCAACGGCCAGCCGUAUGUAUACUAUCGAAUCCGGAUCAAAAGGGAAAAAUGCGAAGAAUUGACUGUUUGCGACAAGCCGAUAAAGUUUGGCGACUCGAUCUUGUUAUGGUUAUUUUGUUCAAGGUAGGGCUUCGCUUUCGGAGCUCGCUGGGUGAUGCUGUAGUGGCAGAUGUUGUGCUUUUUUCUAAGAUAUGA